CUUCGCCCACUUUCAUCAGCAUAGAAACCGGUACCAGAGUAAAUGCCGCAAUUGAACCGUGUGCGUAUUCGAACGACAAGAAGCGAACCUCAUCUAGCGUUACUUUGCAAGGCCUCAACGGCUAGAACCGGACCGGACGUCGUACGUCUGAUGUUUGCUUGCGGAGGACGUCACACAACCCGAUCGGUUCCAGCAGAGCGCUGUAGAUAGUAAACAGCAACAGGUUCAUCUUUCCCCGUCAGAUCAUUCGAUCGUCUACCAGUGUUAGUGAAACGGUAAGGGAAAAAGGUUUAGGUCUGUUGUUGUAACUGCACCAUUACGUAGGGGCUAGACUCGUGUCGCGGCGAUAUCUCGUUUCAUUCUCGUUCUUUCUGUCUCGCGCUCUCUCGCUCGCUCGCUUGCCGGUGUGCAGCUAGAUCAAUUGUUGGAACUCGGAGUGGUCCUCGGAGGUCGUGAGCCUUACGAGUGCGCACGGUAUCAACGUAGUCCAGCUCUGGCGAACAAAAUAUUCGUGUAGAACAGUGCGUCCGGUUCAGUUCAGUGCUGAUUGCCCGCUUGCUUCAGAACGUCUCCCGAACGAGUGAAAAAACAUUCCACCCACAUCUCUCAAAAUGCCUGUAGAUAUCAAACGUGUCCUGGUAUGCGAUGCCGUUGACAACGCGUGUGUCAAACUGCUGCAAGACCAUGGAAUUCAAGUUGACUAUAAACUGAAGCUGUCGCAAGAUGAGCUAGUUAAGGAGGUUAAGAAUUAUGAUGCUCUCAUCGUACGCUCGGACACGAAAAUUACGGCCGAGGUUCUGGACGCGGGUGCCGGACGGGUGAAGGCGGUCGGACGUGCCGGGGCGGGUGUAGACAACAUCAACAUUGAAGCCGCCACGCGAAACAAUGUGCUGGUGCUGAACACUCCCGGAGGCAAUUCGAUUUCGGCCUGCGAGCUGACGUGCUUCCUGAUCGGUGCACUAGCCCGUCCCAUCUGCCCGGCGGCCGCCAGCAUGAAGGAGGGUCGCUGGGACCGGAAGCUGUACUCCGGCACGGAGCUGUACGGCAAAACGCUCGCCAUCCUCGGUCUCGGCCGGAUCGGGCGCGAGGUUGGUGUACGCAUGAACGCUUUCGGUAUGCGCGUGAUCGGCUUCGAUCCCAUCACCACGGCCGAAGAGGCGACGGCAGCCGGUAUCGAAAAGAUGGAGCUGGAGCAAAUUUGGCCGUUGGCUGACUAUAUUACCGUGCACACACCGCUUAUCCCUGCCACCCGAAACCUCAUAUCGACGGCCACUCUCGCCAAGUGUCGGAAGGGCGUGCGUGUAAUCAACGUGGCGCGUGGUGGUAUCAUCGAUGAGGCCGCAUUGUUCACCGCCCUCGAAAGUGGUCAGUGUGGUGGAGCUGCGGUAGACGUUUACCCUGAGGAACCGCCGAAAUCGGACACCACCCGGAAGCUCAUCAAUCACCCGAAGGUGGUCGCAACGCCUCACUUGGGCGCGAGCACGUCCGAGGCGCAGGUGCGCGUUGCUGUCGAGGUGGCCGAACAAUUCAUCGCCCUGACGGGCAAAUCGACCGUCUACACGCAGUACGCCGGCGUCGUCAAUCGGGAGGUGUUGAAGAAUGUCUUUUAAAUCGAAUUCACCGCUUCAAAACCACCGAGGGAAUAAAGCGCGUGAGUGCCAGACCAACGUUGUCGCGUACGUUAUUUUUGGUCGCGCCAGUAGUCCCGGCACCCAAAAUCAAUCAUUCGAAGUCGAUCGGUGUGACGUCAUGAUGUUCGGCGACACGGUGACGUUCUUUUCGGCAAUUACUAAUGAAAUCGAGCGCACAUGAAAUUUAACACCAUCCCGGUAAAUUUGACAAAUAGGACACAUUUGAACGGAGAGUCACAAAUAAAAUGUGUGUAUCGUAUAAGGGCCACACGCAGAUAGACACUCACACACAGAUACACAUAAUUUUUCUAGCACGAAAAAGGAUCCUUUUGUAUCGAACGAUAGGAAAGGCCAAAAAAACGAACAGGAAAAAAUAACAUCCUAAUUUAUCUUCCAUGGCGACCCCAAUA